GCACUGAGCGAAGAAAAUUGGGGGGUGUUGAGGAGGAGGAGGAGGAGGAGAGACUAAGGGAAACAACUUAAGACGGUGAGAACUGAAGAGUGAGUGAGCACACGGUGUAAGCACACAGACUGGGAACGAGGAGAACACUCAAACAAUCCAUCAGCAUCAAACAGAGAUGACGUCACUGUGCAGGAACCUUCUUUUUUUUCUGUUUGCCUCACCACUCCUUCACUCCCACCUCUUCACUCAUUCUGCCACCACUUCCUCUCCCAGUACUCGUCCUCGCAUCAGAUUCAUUAAUAGCCUGGGCUCAGAUGAUGACUAUGAAGAUGAUUACAAUGACGAUGACAACAGCUCUCUUUCUGAAGUGCCGUCCACCGUGAAGAUUUCCGUUCUCAAUACGAAACCCCAGUUCUGCAAGAUCAAUUCCUGCCUGGAGGAUCAGGAACCCUGUGACCAACUUUCGGAGAAGACCGGGUGCCUCUGUCCUGGGAUCAGUGGGGCAGAUGAGCCUCCUCACCCACCAGUCAUCCAGACAGUGCUGCCAGUCAGUAAUGGAGAUAACAGCGGGAAGGUAGAGGUGCAGUGGUGCGCUCCAUCUUCUGUGGUGACUGGGUAUAGAGUGCUGGUUGAGGGAGGUGAAGGCGAUGCUUUGGAGUUUGGAGAGGCUCUACGACGAGGGUUGGUGGGAUCCUUGGAAGUUGGUACCAAGGUGUGUGUGGAGGCGAUGAACAGUGCAGGACACAGCAGCCCCUCAGAAUUCUCCUGUACACGGUAUAACCCUCCUAAAAACUCUGGUCAUAACCUGCUGGUCUGGAUCCUAGGUGGAGGAAUCGCCCUGCUUCUACUUAUCAUCAUAACUGCUGUGAUCCUAUGGAAACAGAAAAUAUGUCAAAAGGGGAAGAGAGACUCUGCUGAUGGACUGGGAAACCCUUCUUACAGUAAAGAGGGAACUCUGUAAUCCGGAAAAGUGCAGCAGGGACAACCAUCCCAGUUACAAGAGAUAUAGUUGAAACGCUGGUGUGAUUAUGUGCAAAAGCCAAUCACCUCGGGAUAGUAUCAUGAUUCAUCAUAGAGUCACAAAAUAGUUUUUCUCGCUCCUGUUUCAGGGGUGGAUAUCUGAACACACUGGGAGAAAGAGCAGUGGCAUUUUUGGGAUAACACGCACAAUAAUAAAUAAUAACAGUUUAUCAAGCUAUUUGGGGAUUAUAACUGCAGGGUCGUUUGCUGGCAAAUUAACCUCUGUAGAUGUACUUUAGAUUUAAAUUGAAUUGUAAAUAUAUUUUUAGGCAAUAGCUAUUGAUUAAAACGUUUGUAAUGAACUAAAUCUUAUUUUAAUAAAAAACUGUUUGAAAUGU